AUGGAGGAAACGGAUGAAUCAUUGAAAUCCCCAAAAAUAGAGGUCAACAAGCCAAAAAGGCCAAUGUCAGCCUCUGGCGGAGAGCUGAAGAACAGACUUGCACAAAUCUCAAAGCAUGGGACUGCCGACACAAAUUUUCGGCCUUUAACAGCUCCAUCUAAUGAAAAAGUGUAUGAAAUUAAAGAAGAGGCUGACAUAGAUGAUCUGUUAAUCGAAAACAAAGAAGACUGAAAAUUUUUAUUUUCUGGGCGGCCCAGGACCUCCCACCCAUCAAAACUUUCAUAUAAAAGUGUUUUUACUUCAAAAUUACGCCCCCAGAGCGCAAUCACUAAUAUCAAGCCGAAAAGUUUUAACCCGAAGCCACAUUAUUCAAUAAAUGCUUUUUCAUUGUGUGAAAUACUGAAAAAGGUAAAAUCGUCGAGUGAUGAAAUGAUGUUUAGAAAUUCAAGCCCAAAAUUGAUUGAUAUUCAAAUACUUCACAACCUUAAACGAAAUACCACGAGCAAAGGAAUUUUAAGCUUAAAUGCUGAUGAUCCGUCUACUAUUUCGUUUAAAUGCUUAGAAUUAGAAGAAUCUGCUAUAAGAUCAAGACCGCAGACAGCUGGGAGAAUUCCUAAAUACAAGCCGGCAUCAGUUGCAAAAAAAGAUGAAGAAAAAGAAAAAGAGGAAGAGCAGACUAAAAAUAAAGCGUUUUUGCAUGAAGUUUUAAGUAUUUUAACUGAAAAUACUAACUGCCCCUCCGUGAGUGAACAAAGCUCAUAGAGGGAGGCUAAUUGGUAUUUUUAAAAAAUUUUAAAUAUAAAUUUUUAUAGUAAAAUUUUUUUUAGAAAUUUAAAAAAAUCUAAUUAGAAAGCAAGCAUUUAUUUAAGUUGUAAAAUUUUUGUUUAAAAUGCAAAUUGUUCAAAAUUAAACAGAAUUAGCUAGAAAUUUCAUUAUAAUAAUUAUUAAUUAUAUAUUUAAAAAAUUUUUCUUUAUAAAAAAUUCUUUAUUCAAAAAUUUUUUUCCCAAAAAAUAGGGAUUUUUCCUAUAGUUUUUUCGCUCAUCAGGGAGGGGGAGUAAGGAAGAAAAAUCUCAGGAGGUAAUUAACAAAAACGAAGAAAAAGAAGAAAUAAGUCAAAAAGAAAAAAAAUCUUUUGGUAUCAAAUUACCUCGCUCAAGCAAUAAAAAUGACAGAGAAAUCAACACUUCAAGCCAAGACGAUGUAUCUUCAAGACUCAGCGAUACUCUUAAAACAAUUGAAAAACUCACAGAAAGAAGCUCAAAUAUAAUCGAGAAAAAAAGUAACUAUUCUUUAUCAAAAAUAAAUGAAGUUGAGCAGCCAUCUAGCACCGAAAGAGGGAAGCAAAAUAAAGUAUUUUUAUUCAAAGCAUGGAAAAACAAGCUUUCCAUAAAAACUCCAAAAGUAGAGACCGAAAUAGACGAUCCUCACGACCUAGGGGCUUCCCUCAGAAUCCAUUCCCUACGAUCCCCAAAUGCUACAACUGAGCUUCCCAUCAGAUCUAAACAAUCCUUUGCAUCUCCUCGAGUAAGGCCUAAAUCUGCGUAUAUUCAAAGCUCUACAUAUAGAAGAGAAAAUCCGGCUAAAACUGAGAUUGUUAUUCCAGCUCCUUUUAGUGUCGCAUUAAGAGGCAAAAAAGUUGAAGAAUGCAACUCAUUCGGGAUAAUGUUUAAGCCUUCAACCACAAGUGAGAAAAGAGCAUCCCUUCCAAUAUCAACUAUUGCCUUUAAAAGAGCAAAAUUCUCAAAUAAACUUGUAAAAUAG